AAACAUAAAGAAGACAGAGCGGAUUUGAAGCUGCGUCACAAAGUUUGUCUCCUGGUCUCAGAGUCUGUGAAGUGGGAGUCUGGUUCGGUUUGUUCAGAGCAGUCUGUUGUGUGUCCGUACCUGGAGCAACAUGUCGGUGACGGUGAAGGCCUACCUGUUGGGGAAAGAUGAGUCUGUGAAAGAGGUGCGGAGGUUCGCCGUGGAUCAGGACGUUUCCUGCAGCUUCGAGUAUCUGAGCAGGAAAACCGCCGGAGUGUUCAGCAACCUGAAGAGCAGCAGCUUCAACAUGUACUACAGAGAUGAAGAUGGAGACCUGGUGGCAUUUUCCUCUGAUGAUGAGCUGAUGAUGGGCCUGGCCUGCAUGAAGGACGCCACCUUCCGCCUCUUCAUCAAAGAGAAAAAGGAGCACCGUCGAGACUUUCCUCUUCAUGCCUUCCCUCCGUUCCUCUUCGGCCACCCUCCUCCUCCACCGCCCGGAGCUCCUCAGCCCCCGCCCCCUCACAUGGCACCGCCCCCCGCCCUCCACCCUAACGUCACCUGCGACGGCUGCGACGGCCCCGUGGUGGGAACUCGCUUCAAGUGUUCGGUCUGUCCAAACUACGACCUGUGCCCCGCCUGCCAGGCUCGAGGGACGCACACUGAGCAUGCUCUGCUGCCCAUCUGGCACCCGCUGCAGUGGUUUCCUCGGGGGAAAUGGAUGAAGAGGAUGAGACACUGCAUGUGGAACCAGAACCUUUACCAUGCUCAGAACCCGAGUGCAGACCAGGACCAGGACCAGGAUCAGGAUCAGCCUGGAUCCUCCAGACCUUCUGCUGACUGCAGCGCCCCCUCUGCCUCCCAGGCAAACGUGGACUUCCUUAAGAACAUUGGCGAGGGUGUGGCGGCCAUGUUGAGCCCACUGGGUAUCGACGUAGACAUCGACGUGGAACACGAGGGCCAGAGGACGAAGGUGAGCCCUCCCUCUCAGAGUGGGGGGGUGGAGGGAGACAUGGAAAGGGGUGGAGUCAGUGCUGGGGGUGGGGCCAACGAUGAAGGUGGAGCCAGCAGUGAGGGUGGGACCAAUGAUGAGGGAGGAGCCAGCAAGGGGUCAAAGGUGUGCAGAGACUCCGAUGAGGAGUGGACUCACCUGAGCCCCAGAGAGGUCGACCCCUCCACCGGAGAGUUGCAGUCCCUCCAGCCGAGGGACCAGGACCAGGUCUCGCCGCCGGCAGAGCAGGGUCCGACAGGUCUGAAGGAGGCUGCUCUGUACCCUCACCUGCCCCAAGAGGCAGACCCCCGCCUAGUGGAGUCUCUGUCUCUCAUGCUGUCGAUGGGUUUCACCGAUGAAGGCGGCUGGUUGACUCGUCUCCUUCAGGCCAAAAACUUCGACAUCGGCGCCGCGCUUGACGCCAUCCAGUACGCCAAACAGCCCCGGCCACACCAGCGCUGAUGUCAUCACGAUGUCACUGCUGACACAUCUAUACUAAACCAAUGAUGUCUAAGAAUGAUUCAUACUGCAGAUGUCCCUGUUGUUUCCUGUUAUCUGAUUACAGUUACUAAUCAAUACUUUGUCUCGUUAAUCGAUACUUCAGCUGAUUACUGGGUGGACUAUCUUUGUAUUCAUCGACAUGCUGCUGUUCUGUGUAAUCUGAACAAUAAAAACAUGCAGAAUUGAA